CUUAAUUACAAGAAACAAUGAUAGAUAAAGCCGAUUUUUAUGCAUCAAAAACAGGUUUAUUGUGCAAGAAAACAAACAAAUAUUAGAGAAGAAAAAAUGAGAAAUUUUGCAAACCGCUGUUUACAUUUGUUUCUUGUCUCUCUUUCUCCUUGUACCUCCCACAGACAUUUUCCUUCACCUGCCUCUCUUUAGUUGCCAUGGGCGCUGUCCGAGAACCUUCAUCUUCUUCCUGAUGAUCUUUUAAUGGUUCCGUUGCAAUCCUUUUUGAAAAUCGUCUUCAAUGGUUCCCAGGAAUCUGCUGGAGAAGAUGAAGCAAAGGCUGCUGAUCUUGUUGCAGGUAGACCUAUAAAGCGAUUUGGGUUGUCUAACUCUUUCUCAUGUCACGACUUCGUAUUAGAUAUGAGAUCUUUGAAUGAGGGGGUGGAGGAGGAGGAGCGCAAUCAAGAUGGUGUCCAAGAAUCCUCUCCAAGAGGAGUUCUUGAAGAUUGCUCAAGUAGCUUAGAAUCUGAAACACAUUCCAAUAAGGAAAGCACUUCAACUAGCUCAGAAUCUGAAGCUCAGGCUAAUCAUAUAAAUGCUGCGCACUGGCGUGACUUCUUUCGUGGAUUUAAGAAAGGAGCUGCAAGACGCAUUCAAACCUUCCCUGCUCCGAAAAGAGGCCCACGGCUCACCAGAAGUAAAACCAAAAGAAUUAGAGAAGAAUUAAUUCCAGUUAUAAGUACUACUACUUCUCCCCUGGAUACUGAACUCGUCUGUUUCAAGUCUUCAUGGAAGAACUUUUCCCUCUCAGAUCUCCAUUCUGCAACCAAUAAAUUCAGCAAAGAGAAUUUAAUCGGAGAAGGAGGCUAUGCUGAAGUUUACAAGGGCCAAUUAGGAGAUGGGCAGCUUGUCGCAAUAAAAAGGCUAACUAGAGGUUCUCCAGAAGAGAUGACUGUUGAUUUCUUAUCCGAGAUUGGUAUAAUGGUUCAUGUUGACCAUCCCCAUAUUGCUAAAAUGAUUGGCUAUGGGGUUGAAGGGGGGAUGCAUCUUGUGCUUCAACUGUCUCCCAAUGGAAGCCUAGCAUCAAUUCUUUACGGCCCAAAGGAAAGACUGGAUUGGGGACUUCGAUUUAAAAUUGCUUUAGGAACUGCCAAAGGCCUUCAGUAUCUGCAUGAAGGCUGCCAAAGGAGAAUUAUCCACAAGGAUAUCAAGGCUGCUAAUAUAUUGCUUACAGAGGAUUUUGAGCCUCAGGUUUCUGAUUUUGGGCUUGCUAAGUGGUUACCUGAGCAAUGGACUCAUCACACUGUAGAAAAAAUUGAAGGCACAUUUGGCUACCUUCCUCCCGAGUUCUUCAUGCAUGGAAUAGUGGAUGAAAAAACAGAUGUUUUUGCUUAUGGGGUACUACUGUUAGAGCUCAUUACUGGAAGGCAAGCAAUAGAUAGUUCUCAGCAAAGUAUAGUGAUGUGGGCAAAACCUAUGAUCAUGAAAAACAAAAUCAAAGAGCUUGUAGACCCAGCUCUUGCAGGUGCCUACGACGUAGAUCAAAUGGAACGUAUGGUCUUUACAGCUUCUUUCUGUAUACAUCAAUCUGCAGUACUACGACCUCACAUGAACCAGGUUCUAGAGAUUCUACAAGGAAAUAAGAAAAUUUUGGAAGAGUUAAAAGAGCUUCAACAGACUAUACACCAAAGGACAUACUCUGAGGAGCUAUUUGAUGCAGAUGAAUACAACUCAACAAAGUACCACCUAAGCUUAAGCGAUAUAAAUAGACAGAUGGAGUUUGUUCUUGGUGAUGACGAUGAACUUUCAGAAGAUCUGCAGGGCCAAACAUAAAGUUAAACCAUGUUAAUUUUCACUAGGUUGUUUAUACUUCUAUAUUGACUGAACCUGUAGAUUCUGAGUUCCUGUUCUUGCUCCCACAAGCCAAACAUGGAGCCAAAACCACAGGACUAAACACAGUUUUGAAGAGGCAGAGCAGAAACAGCAAUGCACUGCAGACCAAUAUCUGCAAUUGGGCAGUGUGAGUGUACGUGAAGGAGGACUUCUGCUUAUUACUAUAUAGGAUAAAUGUAUAAUUUUGUAACAGAUUUCCAAUUUCAUUUUGUGUGAAGAAAACCAGCUAAGAAAUUCUACCUAUUGUUGCUUACAUAUCUGCAGCCACAAAGGGGUUAGCCUGGUGUUUCGACAAUUCCUGUUUUAAAGGAUUGAGCUUUGCUAAUUGUUGUAAAAUAAUUUAACUGUUUGCAUACACUUGUGAGCAAAAUUUAUAGA